CCGCCACAUGGAUGCAAGGCUAAAGUUCAAACUUGGAACAUUGGCUGAACCUUAGCUCAUCAUGAAACAUCGAUAUAACAAUACCCUAGAUACAGAAGUGGAUAAGUAUGGACAUAAACCAUAUACACUGCUCCUCUCUAUUGGCCCGUGCGUAUCUCGGAAAUUCAACAAUCCAAACACGCAGCACGAAAGAGAAUCUGUAACUGUUACUCCACGAUCAUAUGGAUGUAUGCACGUAUGCAUCCAGUGUCCCAGUGUCCCGUGUCCACUGUAGCCAUUCGAACGCGCAAUCUUUUAAUCUUUUCUCUAUUAACUAUCAGAAUCCACUCUUUCCAAUGCUUCUUUGAUGCAUUAUGAUUUAUGAUUUUGCGAAGUUGAAUUGAAUUGAGUUAAUACAAGAUUCAAGCAUCGAAACUUGCAAGCAACCAAGCAAGCAAGCAACACUGAGGCUGAACAUUGAAGCUAUUCCUACCUACAUAUCCUCGAACUCAACCAUAGCCACCUACUAGGUACCUUUUUUCACUUCGGAUCGCAAUGCCUACACCGGCGGUUCCAGAAAUCUCCGAGGAGGUGUUGCACGAAUCGAUCGAAGCCCGUACUGAGACCUUAAUAUCACUGCGCGAACUCGGUCCCCCAGAUCUUGUUCAUCUCUUAAAACAGAAUCUCAGAAACACCGGGAAACAGACAGGCGUAUACCACCACGUCACAGGCGUUGAUGCAUCCUCAUCAGCUAGUCUUGCUGCCUAUAUCAACACCCUCACUUACAAAGAGCACGGCCAAGUUGCUACACACAAGAUCGUUGAAGGCUUGUACUGCUGCUAUAAUGCCUUCUCUAGACUUGACAUGCGCGUUCAUGUUACAAUUCCUGGAACCGUAGAAGCCUAUUGCGUUGACGAACGGGGCGAGAAACGAAAAGCCACCGACGAUCUCUGGCUUGAAACCUAUCUAUGCAGUGUCCUGCGAGCUUAUUCCUACGCUGACGAUGGGAGCGGGGAUACCAUUAGGAAGAUUAUGGGUGUGAGGCGCUUCAAUCCUGUUACCAACACUGAAACUGAGCAUCGCUUCCUGAGCGCCGCUGAGAGCCUCUUCUUCCGAGGUUGGCAACUGGGCUCUGAUUCCGUGGUCCAAGUUCCAAACAAUGUGUCGAAUCACUUAACGGCCGGCCUUCUAAAAUACUUUCAUACUACGGGACGUUUUGCAUCAGCCAUCAAUCUGUUCGAGAAACUAAGGACACAGAAUGUCGAGGUAUCGUCCCUACUAUCCAAGGUUCUAUUCAUGGGCAACGAGGAAGUGCAAGGUGUGCGCAUACUAUACCAGGCACUCAAGAACACACCCAUGGACUACGUCAUGCUAGACACCCAAGCCGAAUUCCUCCUCAAGAAGGCGCUAGCAGCUGAGACCCCAUCACAGAAGGAGGAGAGGCUCAAGAUGGCUCUAGGUUGUGCUGAUCGCAGCACAAUCGCGGCGCCAAGUGAAUUCGGCACAUGGGCGAGGUUAGCGCAGGUCUACGUCGCCAUGGAGGAUUGGGACAAUGCGCUUACGAUACUCAACUCUUGCCCGAUGUUUACUUACCAAGACAAAGAUGCACCAGUCAUGCCCGAACCGAAGGAUGUCUACCUACCAACUUUACCCGAGACACGCCUAGAAGAGAUCGACAGCGAACCAGAGUCCAGAUACUCGGAACAGGUGGAUCCAAGCCUACUUGGCCUUCGGGCUGCCUCAUAUCGUGGCACUUUCAAGCUGGCCUAUGGAAUUCUUACGGAAAUGACCGCUAAGAUUGGCUGGGAUCAGCUCCUUAAGAUACGAAGCAAUGUUUUCGUCAUGGAAGACGAGUAUCGGAGUGAAAAACAAGACAGUGUCUCACAGCCUCAAUCGACGAAACGCAACCCAAGCACUGACGGACUGCGCGGGACUCCAGAGCCUACCACUAAUGGCGAUCAGACUGACGAUGAGGGGGAUGAAGAGAAGGCCGCAACGGGCGCAGCCUCAGCGGAAGCCGACUCUACUGCGCCUACGCUAACCAAUGGCCAUGGUGAAGAAAACAGCGUCGAGAAGCCAACCCACACCAUUGACCCUGGAGAAGUGAAAGCCGAUGGUGAUACUAGCGCAACCACUGACGAGCAUCUCUCGCGCCUAAACAACAAGCGAUUGUGUGAAAGAUGGCUGGACAGUCUCUUCAUGGUACUAUACGAGGACCUCCGUGUCUAUACGAUAUGGAGAACGCAGAUGGCGCAAUACAGGGCCCAGUCAAUGCAAUACAAGAAGUCAGCCGAAGAAUGGGAGAUUCUUGGUGCCUUGGCGGAGCGUCUCCAACAUCACGAUGAGGCAGUAGAGGCGUAUAGGGCAUGCCUUGCCGCACGAUUUAGCCCGAAAGCACUUUCGGGAAUUCUACGAGCGUACGAGAAGCAAAGGAAUACAAGAGACACAGUGGCUGCUGUGAUCCGACUCGUGACUUGGCAGUACCGUUGGUAUUCAGAGUUCUCUCCCGAGCUCCUUCACACAAUCCGGGCGUUGAUUGAGGAGGAGGGCGCAGUCAAGGUUCGAUCGAUUAUUCAGGCGACAAGUUUGCCACAAAACGUUCUAGAUUUAACCCACCACUACGCUGCACUGUGUGCCACGUUCAGAAGCAGCGGUACGGACGGUUAACGGAUUGCUUGUAGGGAGGGGAAGUGGGUGAGGAUGAGGAUAUUCGAGGAUGAAGUAAUGCCCUUGCAUGAUAUCCAUCUGUUCUUACCUAAUCAGUUUAGAGCUUGCAACGAUUAAUUACAAGAAAAGGUUCUCAUCUGAGCCUACUUGUGCUAGGCUUGGGAAGAUGUCCAUGGCUUACCCAAUCCAAUCCGGGCUAUGAUGUCGUUAAUAAUGUUACUAAUACAUAGUAUGUAUGUAUGUGCCUACAGACAUUGUACAUGGUAUUAUGUAAGAGGUAGUUAUUAAUUACAUAAUGACCUCAUUAUUUUCCCUACUUAUUCUGGACUUUAGUUAUGUCAUAUGUAGGUACAGGAGAUGCUAUCUGCAAAUGGAUUUUGUACUAUGUAUCAUUGAUGUACAUGUAGGUACUAAAUAUGUAGUUACCUAGUACCUAGUAAUGUAUCAAGACCAACAUUGAAGACCCUGUAUACUGCAUAUGCCCUGCAUAAUCUUAUCAAUCUCAUCACUUUCCAAGUUCGGUUCACUCCGUUCUAACUCCAGU